GAAGAGCAGACAUAUCCUGAUAGCGUUUUUAUUUUUAGCUGGACUCAACCCAAACAUGAAUGUCAGCAGCAUGGACAUGACUGGUGGUUUAUCAGUGAAGGACCCGUCUCAGUCCCAGUCACGCCUCCCUCAGUGGACACACCCCAACCCAAUGGAUAACUUACCCGGUGCUGCUUCUCCACUCGACCAGAACCCCAGCAAGCAUGGUGCUAUCCCUGGAGGUCUGAGCAUUGGGCCUCCAGCUAAGUCCUCCAUCGACGACUCGUAUGGCCGGUACGAUUUAAUCCAGAGCAGUGAGUCACCAGCCAGUCCUCCUGUAGCUGUUCCCCAUAGCUGGUCACGUGCCAAAUCUGACAGUGAUAAAAUCUCAAAUGGCUCCAGCAUCAACUGGCCCCCAGAGUUCCAUCCGGGAGUUCCCUGGAAAGGACUUCAGAAUAUAGAUCCCGAGAAUGACCCUGACGUCACUCCUGGAAGCGUCCCCACCGGGCCUACCAUCAAUACCACCAUACAGGAUGUCAACCGCUACCUCCUCAAGAGUGGAGGGUCCUCCCCACCGUCAUCUCAGAAUGCCACACUGCCUUCCUCGAGUGCCUGGCCGCUCGCCGCCUCCGGCUACAGUCGCUCUCUCAGCAGCCUUGUGCCCGCUCCUACUAUUGCAGGUAAACUGUCAGACAUUAAAUCGACGUGGUCCUCUGGCCCUGCCUCUCACACACAAGCCUCUCUGUCUCAUGAACUGUGGAAGGUGCCCAGAAACACUACUGCACCCACAAGGCCACCUCCAGGGUUAACCAAUCCCAAGCCUUCCUCCACCUGGGGAGCCAGUCCCCUCGGCUGGACCAGCUCCUACUCCUCGGGUUCUGCCUGGAGUACUGACACCUCAGGAAGGACAAGCAGCUGGCUCGUUCUCCGCAACCUCACGCCCCAGAUCGAUGGCUCCACCCUGCGGACGCUGUGCUUGCAGCACGGGCCUCUCAUCACAUUCCACCUGAACCUAACCCAAGGCAACGCCGUGGUCCGGUACAGCUCCAAGGAGGAAGCCGCCAAGGCCCAGAAGUCCCUGCACAUGUGUGUUCUGGGAAACACUACCAUCUUGGCCGAGUUCGCUGGCGAAGAAGAAGUGAACCGUUUCUUAGCCCAAGGCCAAGCACUGCCGCCCACCUCCAGCUGGCAGCCCAGCGCUGGGACCAGCCAGACGCGGCUGGGCGCCUCGGGCAGCUCCCACGGCCUGGUGCGCAGCGACACUGGCCACUGGAGCGCCCCGUGCCUGGCAGGCAAAGGGAGCAGCGACCUGCUGUGGGGCGGGGUCCCCCAGUACUCCAGCAGCCUGUGGGGUCCCCCCAGUAGCGACGAUGGCAGGGUCAUCGGAAGCCCCACCCCGCUGAACACUCUGCUUCCCGGCGACCUUCUCAGUGGGGAGUCCAUCUAGCCCGGAGAGGCCGCAUGGGCGCCGCAGUCAUCAGCACUAGGAAGAAACGCUGACCCUUUCCAGUCCGGGCAUCGCUGAGGACCCCGCUUGACCCGAGCAGCCCGGCAGCCCUUUCGAGUACCUCUGUCCAGUACUGAAGACGAACCUUGGCCGCAGUCCUUGCGAACUGUUCCCAAGACAGUGCGGGCUGCGCUGGGUCAGUGUCAUGUGUAAUGACAGGAUGCUUCUCACAGCUUUUUAUUUUGUGUCGUCUUAUGUUUGUAUGGUGUGUUGUCAUUUUGAUUUUUUAAGUAUAAAAGCUGCUUAGAAUAGUUCUAUCAUGAAGGGCACUUUUCAGAUUGUGGGCUGG